AUGUCAGGAAGGUUCGCUAACCAUCCAAUUCACAUGGGAGAGGGGGAGAGAGCGAGAUUGAUAGUUAUUGUCCCCUCUUCCCAUCAUAUUGUGGAGUUGCAACACUCCGUGGUUUGGUACAAGUUGCUCUCUUACCUCUCCCUCUUCCUCUCCGUGGGUCCGUCCGGGCUGUCGGUAGGAAAGGUCAAUUUGUUUGGGUGGUUCUUUUCUCCAUCGUGGUUCACUUCGGCUAUGGGAUGGGUUGGUAGAUUGAACGUAUCACUUGGACUGGAGGGGACGAGGAUGAUGGAGGGAAAGCGGCUGAUGAGGGAGCGAAUCGAAAGCGGAUCGAAUCGGAUCCUUCCAAACACACAUGAAGGACCAAACGGACAUAGCAGAAGCACACUGACAACGGGCUCGUGUGACAUGGACGGUUUGACCAUCAUAGCUCGGCGUCUCUCCUAA